AAGAGAAAGCUCACAAACUCUGCGGGCUGCUAACGAAACGGAAAAGCGUGUGCCCUGGGGCAGGCUUCGUUCAGCGCAGCGGCGCCUUGCGCCUACUGCCUGCGCGCUCUAUCAAUUGUCAGAGUGUAUGAUGAGCGCGGAGGUCUACAAAGCUGUAGAGACGAGGUAGAGUACGCACGCGCGGACAGCGUCGGUUUGCAUUCCGCGCGCGGCGCCCUGGGCCAGUUUGCCAGCAGGUGCAAAACAAUGCAUAUCGAACGCGCUGGGCGGACGACCCACCGACCGGCAGCAAGCAGCUCGGCUUAUCACGGCUUAUCACAGGCUCAGACCACUCGGUGCUGGGCGACGCUUCCUCGCCUGGCCUUGCACACCUCACUGUUAGGGCGCACACGUUUUGGCAACGAUUCUGCGGGUCUGGGCUGGUCGUGCGUGGCUGCAAACCGCGUGUGCAUGUACACGAGCGAAGACAGCAGCUACAAUCAACAGCGUGUGGUCGCCCCUGCAAAGGCCUUGAGACAAAUGCACCGCUAAGUGUUAUAUGAAGCGUUCACAUGGAAGGAACUUCGGCGAGUGGGACACUUUCCUUUCGUGCCCACCUCGCAGGCGGUGACUCCGCCGACGGGGUUUGCUGUGAGCGCCAAGCUGACAAUGACUAUGAAGCCGCGGGUGUGACUGUAAAAGCAACGGACAGGUCCCGCCAGGCGCCAGCCCAGGGAGGGAAGCCACACAAGGGUGCAGGCCCAGGCUACGUGUUGGCCCUGCGCUCGCUGUACGCCAGCCUGGGCCGGGAGCUCGUGGCGUUUGAGCGGCACCUGUCCCUGCGCAACAAGGGCGGGAACCACUGCCACAUAAACGUGCUGGGGGUCACGCCCGAAGCGGGGAGACGUGCCGGCGAGGCGUUCCGCUCCGCCGCCGCCGCCGCCGGCUACCAGCUCGAACACAUCCCCGCGCCGCCACGUGGCACCGGGCCGGACGAGCUCCUGAAGCAGCUCAAGACGGCGGUGGGCGGGCCGGACAGCGAGUACUUCAUGGCGCUGCUGCCGGACGGCUCGCGGCUGGUGCGCCCGCUCAUGAGAGGCGAGCGCUGGCCCAUGGCUCUGGGGCGCGAGGUGCUUGCGGACCUGGCUGGGGCGCCCGAGCGGGCGUCGUGGAAGGCCUGCGCGCUCACGCCGGAGGAGGAGGCGGGCCGCGUGGAGCGGUUCAAGCAGCUGUUCAAGCCGUACGACAUAAUGGCGGGGGAGGAGUAGCGGGCAGCUAGGGGGAAGGCGUGGGGUCUGAGGCUCGGUUUGACACGCACGUGUGCCGGCACAGUCGAGUCCGGGGCGGGAGGUGGAGGUGUGGGCGCGCGGCCGCCGGCAGGAAGCGCGGGGCACAGGCGCACAGCAGCUGGGGGCGGAGGAGUGUGUGGGUGCUCUGUUGGCUGGGGGCGGGGGCUUGGCAUGUGCGGUUGGGAUAGCUGGGGUGAUGUAUGGCGGAGUUGCGCAGCAGGUUGGGUUGCUGACGUGGGUGGUGUGCGGGCGGCGUUGAUGCGGCUUUGGCAUGGGCAUUCAUGCGUGGAGCAGGCGCAGGCGCAGGGCAGGUUUGCGACAGCUGCGACAACUGCUGGGGCUUGCUGUAGCCACGCAUAGGAGCAUCUGCGAUAGUAUACCGUAUUGCGUUGAGGGUCACAUGCUGCGUCAAAGCGGCCUGCUGCCUGUUGACUGCCGUGCGGCACGGCACGGGGUCGGCGCACUGCGGUUGGUUGCAAUGUUUGUGGGCUGGUCGCAGGGCCCUACUAGGACUAGAAGCCGCGCACGCUGCUGCACGUGUCUAAAUGUUGCGCGUGUGCACACGUACGGCGGUCGGGAGGGCUUGCGGAGCAACUCGCCUUUUGACAUCGGCGGCAUGUGUGCGUUGGUGGCCGCCUCAGCGGGUGAGCAAGAUCACACACGGCAAUCCCAAGUACUUCCUUUGGUUUUCUCCGAGACGAGCCUCUACGCUGGCUUAUCGGGUGCCCCUGCUCAAUCCAAGCGAAGUCUCUGUUCAUGUGAUCUAAGCUUUUAACACAUCAUUGUCAU